AUGGACGAUGAUAAAAAGGAUUGGUACGAAGAGAAAUGGGACGAGGAGACAGAAGAGGCGGAGAACGACGUGGCGGGGCUGAGCCUUUCCUUCCUUACUGUGCAGGCCCUGCGAUAUGCCAUCAGCGGCAUCCUUCCCAACCAGGAGGGCAUUGAGAGCUGGUCUGAUGCCAUUUCGCACUCUUCGAGGCAGUGUCACCUCUUGAUGGGCUGUGGAGUGGUGUUCUUUCUGCUGUCGCUUGCGGUUCUGAACUCCGAACGCUUGUUGGAGGAGCCGUCAAAAAGGAUGGAGAGGGCAAUUGAGAUCCUCAACAACUACUUUACUUUCGGUUUGUCCUGGUCUCUUUUCUAUGGUGUGCGAUGGCAAAUCUCAGCUCUGCGGUUUACAGAUGAGAACGCCCUCUUAAUGGUUUCCAUAGCGCUCUUCCUAUCCGUCGCGUCGUUUCUGAUGAUAUUCGUGCUGGACAAGGUGGAGGACAACCACUUGUUCGGCCAAGACUCUGAGGUUGCGGAGGGAGCAACUGAGAAGAUGAUCUCAGGUCUAGGCAUCCUCAUCGGAUUCUCCUGGGAGCAGAGCUUCGACACGGCAGUCGAUGUCGUGGCAGAGGGGCUGAGGGAGGACUGUCCACCCCUCAUAUCCAAGAUGAUUAUGUCUGUCAUACUAGUCUUGAUCGUGUUUCCAGCCUGGCGGAUCUACAUUCUGCCAAUGGAAAUGGAGCUCUCGGAGGAAAUGACUGAAGAAGGUGCUCAGAAGGCUGUACUGAAGCAGUAUGCGCAGCAGCAUUUCGACCUAUUUCUCGAAAAGGAGAGGAAUGAGGAUGACUUGGACAGAGCGCACCUUCUCAUGAAGAGGCACAGAAGGACCGCACAUGGUCUCCAGCACCCAGGUCAUGGUGUCCCUUCCGGCCUGAAGCACCUCAUGGUGACAUCAUCUGGGAUCGAGGAGGUGGAUGCGCCAGAAGAACACCACCGACAUGAAAAGCAUGGUGUUCGCUGCUCAGUCGUGAUGGCCUCGCAGGUGUCAAGUAUACCGUGUUGA